CACGGACUUUGCUCGAGGAGUUCCUGGGCUGAAGGACAGCAUAUUGGCAAAACGGCACCCGUUGCAUGCCGGAGUCGCUCGGCGCGCCGGGGCUGCGCAAGAGGACAACAGUGGCCAGGACCGGCUCGAUCUCGAGGAGGCGGCGGGCCUUCAGAGAAAGCGACGUCCCAGCCUUGUCUCGCUCAGGUGGUCGCAGAAGCCAAACGGGUUGUGGACAACGGCACGCUGAAAGACAUGCAAGUGGUCAUGCGAAGAGUGCAGCUGGUAGAUCCAGCAGGGAAGUGGAAGGUUUGGGUUAAUGAGCCCGAAUUGGAGAAGCAGCUACGGAAGUUUGUGGCAGAGGCCAAAGCAGCCAAAACGGCAUUGGAGGAGGACCUGCUCCUGGCGCGACAGCAGCGGAAGACGGGCCAGCGGCAGGUUGAGAGCGCCCAGCGGCAGGUUGAAAGCGCUCAGCGGCAGGUUGAGAGCGCCCAGCGGCAGGUUGAGAGCGCCCAGCGGCAGGUUGAGACGGAGGACUCGGGCAAUGCGACAAAGGUGCAGGAGGCCAAGGAGGAGGUGGAGAAGGCGGAGAGGAAGGUGCAGGAGGCGGAGAGGAAGGUGCAGGAGGCGGAGAGGAAGGUGGAGAGGGCGGAGAGGAAGGUGGAGAGGGCGAAGAAGGAGGUGGAGAAGGCGGAGAAGGAGGUCAAGGAGGCGAAGGCAAGCGGCCGGACGAAGGAGUCCGAGGCGUCCGCCUCGAGUAGCCUCAAGUGGGUCGUGGACGCCAAGGACACGGCAUUUGCCAACGAGCUGCGCAUGGCUCAGCCGCUGACGGCUCUGGACUGCGCUGAUGAGAAUUUCACCGACGUAGAGUCCGCAGAAGAUGCCGGUAUCGAGAUCUUCCCGUUGAACGCCAGCUUGGAUCCGAAAGAAGCCAAGCCAUGGCUCUUCGUUCGAAAGCAGCAACGAGAGGUCUGGCAGGCGGCCUUCAAUGCGUCGCAGGAUGUGGUGGUGACCGGCUCGCCCGGCAUCGGCAAAUCCUUCUCCAUGUCCUUCUUGUUCCGCGACCUCAUGAAAGCAAAGAAGACCUUUGUCUUCGAAGCACGCAGGUGGAACAUGGUGUACUUGUUCAAGCCGCGCACCGACGGCACCUACGAGGUCGGCAGCAUGCAACUGGAAGACUGGAAACCGGCAGCGUGUGACGAGCUGAGAGUCCCUGCGAACUACUAUGUCAUCGACCCCGGCGAGGCUGAAAAGGGAGGCGUCUGCUUCGUAGCGGCCAAGACUGUCAUUUGCCCGUCACCGGAUCCGCAGCACCUUGGAGAGUUCAAGAAGCUCCCCAAAUGCAAACUGUACAUGGCAGCUUGCUCCUUGCAGGAGGCCCAGUGCAUAGUCAAGUACCUCCGCCCCAACUUCGACCAGAACCAGGUGGAAGAGCUCUACAGGCGAUUUGGUGGUAUUCUUCGACACCUGAUUGGCGACCCUAAGGAGGUGGAGAUGGCUCGCAAUGCAACCCUGUCGAACCAGAACUUGGUCAGGCAAGUUUGGACAUCGGGCAUCAUUGAUCAGGGACGUGAUUUGAAGCCUGCGCACUGGCUCUUCCAGAUAGUGCCGGAAAACGGUUGCACCAGCAGCAGGGUUGAGUUUGUUAGCGAAGAGGCACUCGACCUCACCAUUCACGAGUAUGAGGCGGAGCUGGCUGACCUUUUGACAUCGUUUGAUCCGCUUGCAAAGCCCGUCCUCGGAGUUCUCUACGAACGCUUCGCCCACCAAGUGCUCUGCCGGGGGACGUUGCUGCUGACGCGGCUGGCCAACGUCACCGUUCCCAUGUUCGAGAUGCAGCUUCCACCACUCGAUGAAGAGGUGGUGGACGGCAGCAUCGCCGAUCUUUUCACAGCUGCCACCACUGGGCAGCUACGAUACAUGCGGCCCAGAGAUGUGGGCCUGCCGGUCAUUGAUUCAUGCCUGUCUCCUGUUGAGGACGGCGUGAUGACAUGCUUCCAGAUCACCGUCAGCGCAAAACACUCCCUGGAUCUUGUCGCCUUGGAGAAUGCUGCACGGGGUCUUGACAUCGCCAAGAUUGUUAUUUACUGGGUCGUUCCCAGAGACAGCUUUCGAGAGUUCAACCGCAAGCAGACGUUCGGGCCUCAACUUGUAUUCGAGCAGCGCGUCCUUUCGCUCGCUGCUCCCCGCAAUCCCUUUACCGAGCAGGAGAUGCAAGAACGGUUGCAGAAGGCUGAGCUCUCUAAGCUUACCACAGGAGACGAGCAGCUCCUCAAGCAAGAGAUUGAUGACCUGAAGCUCCGGUACUUGGUUAUGAAAUCUUUCGAAGAACAAGAUGUCAAGGACAUAAUGAAUAAGGUGUUAAAAGAAGGGAAAAGAGCGAAAAACCAGGAUCCCGUGGCUCUGCGCGCAGCACGAGCUUGGGAUAAGAUUGUUGCCUGUAUGGCUUGGACAAAAAAGAGAGGCGAGUGCAAGGGCACAGUUGGCCGGUGGAUUUGCUUUCCACUGCUUUAG